AUGGUUCUUACAAAAGUGCUAGCUCGUUCCCCUGCCGUUCGAACCCAAGCUGUUAGAUUUCCUCGUACAGGAGUACGUAAAUCUUCGUAUUAUCAUUUUGAGAAUGAAGAUGGUUAUCAUCUUCCUUUUAGUACAAAAAGUAAAACUGGUUUAGCCAUUAAAAUGACACUAUUCUUUGGAACUGGUUUUUCUUUACCAUUUAUUGCUGGAAUGUGGCAAUUGUAA